GGGGGAGAGCUCUUGCUGUGUCUUUGCCAGCUCCUUCUUCUCCAGCUUGAUCCAGCUUGAGAGACCACUUUGCUGCAAUGGGGAGGCAAAAGGAUGCUCUGGCCACCAUCGAGGAGCACCUGAGGAUCAGGAACAAGCUUGUGCGGCAAGCGCUGGCCGAGUGCCUGGGCACACUGAUUCUCGUGCUCUUUGGCUGCGGCUCUGUUGCACAAACCAUGCUCAGCAAAGGGUCUCAUGGAGGCUUCCUGACUGUUAACCUGGCCUUUGGCUUUGCAGUGACACUUGGCAUUUUGAUCGCAGGACAGGUGUCAGGUGGACACUUGAACCCAGCUGUCACUUUUGCCAUGUGCUUCUUGGCCCGAGAACCCUGGAUCAAGCUACCAGUUUAUACACUGGCCCAAACACUGGGAGCUUUCCUAGGAGCUGGCAUUGUCUUUGGACUGUACCAUGAUGCUAUCUGGGCUUUUGGGAAAAACCAGCUGUAUGUAACAGGACCAAAUGGUACUGCUGGUAUCUUUGCCACCUACCCAUCUGAGCAUCUGAACACUGUGAAUGGAUUCUUCGACCAGUUCAUUGGCACUGCUUCCUUGAUUGUUUGCGUCUUGGCUAUUGUGGAUCCCUUCAACAACCCCGUCCCCACAGGGCUGGAAGCUUUCACAGUUGGCUUUGUUGUCCUUGUUAUUGGAACCUCCAUGGGCUUCAACUCUGGUUAUGCCGUCAACCCUGCCAGRGACUUUGGGCCUCGUCUCUUCACUGCCAUUGCUGGUUGGGGCACUGAAGUGUUCUGGACUGGUAAGCAGUGGUGGUGGGUCCCAAUCGUCGCUCCCUUCCUUGGUGCCAUUGCAGGAGUGAUGGUCUAUCAGCUGAUGAUUGGAUGUCACGAUGAGCCUUCACCACCUGCCUCUGAGCAGGAAACAGUCAAGCUGGCUAACGUGAAGCACAAGGAAAGGGUCUGAGAAAGCUGCCACCCAGAUCUGGUAGACAUAUAUUACUCAGGACUGCAGUCAGCAAAGAGGAGAAAGGAGUCAAGGAGAGCUUCAAGAACAACAGGAAGAGUUUUUUGUUCUCCCCUUCCCCCUACACCCCCCCCAUCUUGAAAUAGGCUARUCUAGUUUCUUUGUACAUCCCUGAUGCAUUUGCUUUAGGUAUCUUUCCUGUGAGCUGUUCCCCAAAUGCAAAAAUAUAAAGUAAUCCUUCCCUAGUAGAAGGGGAUUGAGGACUGUAGGAGUUGGAACAGAGGUGGGCAUUUCUGUCUUGUGCAGCCUGGGCAUUCAGCAUCUGCAGCUCUCUUAGUCUAUGUUGCUGGCCUGGCCUGUUAGCUUGGUCAAAUUGCUUCCCUCCAAGUCUGUGUUUCCCAUCUGCAGAGUGGGAAUGGGGCAAAAUGGAAAUUGCUCCUACAAAUUGUCCCUUUGCUAGAGGGGAGGAAAAAAUCAGUUUGAUUCCAUGAUGCAUCACAUUUGUGUUUGGGGCAGCUGUAAAAUCGAUGACUURAUACCAAGAGUAAACUUGUCUAAAAGACUUUUAAUUGGCCAGGCUUUUCUUGCCUCCCAAGAACUCCCAGAAGGCCACGUCAGUUGGCUGAUCCAUAACGUCAGAGCAGAUAGUGAGAAUGCACUGGAUUUUUAACUUAAGACAAAAUGUUUACAAACCACUGCACCCUGAUGUUUUAAUCACAGUUUUUAAUAUUGUCACAUCACAAAAGGUAACACAUAAAAUCCUUGGUUUAGCCAGGGUUUAACCUUGUAAGAAAACUUGGCUUCCUGUAGUAGCCUUUCUAGUUGAUGAGCUUUGUAUAUAAACUGCAAGCAGCUAGUAGCCACGUUCCACUGAAAACAUGGUGUCACUAAAGUUGUGUGUGUUUGUAAUUUCACAACAGUGUUUUUUGUUUUUUAUAUAGAUACACAACUAUUACUCAUUAAGCUGUUACUCAGUAUCAGGGUUGGGAUGAGUUAAUUAAAAGAUUUGUGGGAACUGCCUAUUCUCUGACAGCUUUGAAAUACUGUUAGAUUUUACUGGAAUAGCUGUAGAUUAUGGCAUUGUGUGCUGGGAACAUCCUGGUUUCUGCCUUGAUAAUCA